AUAUGAACAUAAAUCAGAAGAGCUAGAAAACAGACCCAUCAGAUUUAUUUUAUUUAUAAAGAAAACACGUGUCCUCAAGAUGAACACCCCUAAUCUGAAAAGUCCCUCCCUGCUCUCCCCGACCGACGAAAUCAACAUGGAGGAUGUCAUUAAGUUAUUGACAGAAAUCGAGAUCAUAGAGAGAGGAAAAAGACAAGUAAAAACCGAAUGUUUAUUGAAACUGAUGACUACACCCGUGUUUUACACAACCGUCAAACUAACAGGUGUAAGUCGUGUCAGACACAUUUCCUGUGUGACGUCAGAACAGGUUUGGAUCACUGAUGGCAUUCUGACAAACAUAGCAGGAGACACAAUGUAUCAACUAACAGAUAUAGCUUCGUAUAUAUGGAAUUAUGGAGCACACACCGUGAACGGUACAGGUGAGAUUAUUUAUAUAGACAGGGAUUGUAACAUUUGUAAAUUAUCUACAGAUUUCAGAACAAAGUCUACAUUUAUAAAGAAAACUGAAGAAUUGGAACCACACUGUGUUUACUGCUCUCCCUACAAUGAAGAUCUUCUGGUCGUGAUGUAUAAUACUAAUACAAAGACAGCCUUUGUUUACCGUUACAAUGGUACAGGGGAACACAUACAGACGAUACAACACACCAGCAAAGGUCAGAGGAUGUAUAGACUACCUAAUUACAUCACAGAGAACCGCAAUGGAGACAUCGUUGUGUCUGACUAUGAUCGCGCUGUAGUGGUGACAGAUCGUGGAGGGAGGCAUCGCUUCUCCUACACUGGUCCACCAUCUGGAUCGGGACUACGACCACGUGGCAUCUGUACAGACGCACUAUUGAAUAUCCUUGUGUGUGAUGUGAACACCCACACCGUACAAAUGAUAGACAAGGACGGCUAUUUUCUAUCACAUAUACUUACACCCCAACACGGGAUAAACAGACCACAGGGACUUUAUUAUGACGUCAAAAGUCAUCUUCUCUGGGUGGGAUCAUGGAACAAAGUAUUUACCUGUAGAUACAUAGAGAGAAAUCAUUAUAAGUAA